GCAUCGGAAUAAUAAUCCUGCUGACGUUAAACAGCAUGUUUGUGCUCAGCUGUAUGGUGAAGGAAAAGCUUGACGUAUGACGUAACAACCUACGUAUACUAUGUAUGCAGUCUCCAUGGAAACGCCCCCCCCCCAAGUGGUUGAACGACUUUUGCCGGACUUUCUCAGUAACCACGCUGACCCGUACAUGGUUUUUCGUGUCUUUGAGGCGGUUUUCUGACCAGUGCACCCAACAACGGUUUAAAAGAUGUUGCAUGCGGGAAAAGAAAGGAUAUCAACUGUGAGGCGACGGUGCGCUCUUGACAAAACCAAGCCUCGAGCUCAGCUUCCAAGAGCCAAUGGACACGACUACUCCGGCAUGGAACACUCUUUUGAGAAUCUGGUACUGGAGGGAGGAGGAGCCAAAGGAGUUGCCUACAUCGGAGCAGCAAAGAUCCUGGAUGAGGCAGGGAUUUUGCCCAACAUCAAGCGGUUUGCUGGAACCAGCGCAGGCGCCAUCACUGCCACCUGGCUGGCAAUCGGGAUGAAAGCAGAAGACAUACUGGAGGAAGUCAGUCUGAAAAACCUGAUGGACCUCUUAGAUGCACCAGUUUCUAAAGGCUGGUUAGGAUACCUGAAGUGGAUCCCCCACAUCCCAGGCGUGCCCAGCUGGCUAACGGUGGACAGCAUCUCCAUGGCCCUGACAAUAGCUACAGAGAAAGGCGCGUGUGAAGGGGAGGAGUUUCUGGACUGGUUCGGAGACGUCUUAGAACGACACCUCGCACGUCUUUAUCCGUCAAAGAAAGGACUGGACAAGGACAUCACGUUCGAUAAGCUCUACCACGCGUUGGGAGUGGAGCUGUGCAUCGUGGCUUACAACAUGGUUUUGGGCAAUGAAAAUUAUUUUCACGUCAAAACCACGCCUAUGAUGAAAAUCAAAGAAGCAGUGCGCAUGUCCAUGUCCAUUCCAGUUGUCUUCAAGCCGUGUGAGCUUUCCAGUUUUCCCAGUACUUUCGUUGACGGUGCCAUGGCAGCUAACUAUCCUCUCUGGGCAUUUGACGGAUGGUACCUGUCCAUGAAGAAAGAAGACACCUUCCACAAGAGGCUGAAGAUGAACGAAGGACAGACGGUUCGUCGGAUGUUCCACCCCGAGUACAGGAGGGAGCGGUUCGGCACCAGGAACGACAAGACACUCGGCAUUGCGCUGUUUUCUAGCGAUGACCGUGAAAUGUACCAGGAGCGGUAUGACGAGCGGCACAGGAAGCUAGCGGAGAUGAAAUCUGAUCAUGAAUUCUUCAAGGAGACAGAAGAAGUCACAGAGCUACACAAGAGUUACAAGGAAAAGAUGGCCGAGCGCGAAAAGGCACAGAACUUGAGCAAGAAAACUUUGGAGCAACUAUUCGGCGAGGAUAUCAAAGAAAUGAUCGAGCGGGUUGAAGGAGUGAAUCCUCCUCCCAUACCUGAAAUGGAUAUGUCAGCAAGAGGAGGCUUCUCACCAAUUCCGCGACUAGAAAGACCGACAAUAAUAUCUACAGAGGAAGCAAAGAAGAUCUUUUUCGAGCUUUUCAGUGAUGAGGACAUCGCCAUCCUGGACGCACCUUCAAAGGAAAAGGCGUUUGAGCUGAUGAUGCUUGAUGAGAAUGGAAAACUGACGACAGACCGACUGUGGAAAAUCUACGAUAACGUCGGUCCCCUGCAACAGGCCAGGCGCACAUACCUCGGGCACAGGCUCGUCUCUACACCGCGCCAGUAUUUCAGCACCAUGAUCGAAUUCGUGGGAAGGCAUAGCGGCACCUCUGAGGAGGAUGUUCAUAGGUCUGUUGCCAUAGAUACGGGCUAUGUGGGCACCAUGGAUUUUGAUAUGGCAAAUGAAGACAUGGAGUUUCUCAUGAGGCAAGCAGCUUGGGCGACUAUUGCCUUUCUGGAGGAGAAGAAAGGUGCCAUGGUCUGAAGAUGUGCCGAAAAUAAUAAAUAAUUGCAGAAACAUCAACUU